CAGUAACAAUACACCGGCGUGACUAGUACGGUCAUUACGGUAAAUGUAGGCUGCAGAGCCUUCUGUGUCCGACAGACUCGGAGUUGCACCGACAGACGCUGAGCCGAACAGUUCUCGGAUGUUAGCUUUUCUUCUGAGCCGCGGACAACAUCCCAUCUAGCCAGGUCUGACUAGGAGGCUGUCCCCCUUGGAUUUCGGCAUUCUUCUGACAAUCUUGACGACAAACCUGUGAGAUUUGGAGAGGACAGAUUUUUUUGCAUCCCGCUUGACUCAUUAUCUAGUCCCAGAUCACCUAACCAGUCAGAAGGAGAGACCCCAUACCUAGCCCACCCUCCCCUGCUGCUAGCUAGCACCAGCAUGGCAGACAGUCGACAGCCAGAAGACGGUGUCCCUCAGUGGGACCCAUCAGGCGGUCAGGAACCCACUGGCACCCAUGGAGCCAAUGGCUACUCUUCCUCCACCUACAGGACCUGCCAGCCUGGUGGGCCCCACCACAUGACCACAGGCUCCUACUCUGCCAGGGAAAAUGGCUUCAAUGGGGAUCUUACUGGUGCCCCUGCUAUAACUGCAGAGCAAGUAUCAGCACGGAUCGUGCAGGAAGUAACGGCAGAGGCAGUUGCGGUACUGAAGGGAGAGCAGGAGACUCAAAGGCUGCCAUCAGUUGAAGACACUGCAAAUUUGCCUCCCUCUCCUCCCCCCUCACCUGCUGCAGAGCACUUUGGUCCUCUGGAACAAGAUGUAGGGGAUGAGGAGGAGGCAGGCCCUCUCCGUCGCUUCCAAAAUUCUCGGGAGAGGUGCAAGUUCCUCGCCCCCUCCAUCUCAGUUUCCGUGCCCGAGGACGACCCCUACCACUCCGACGAGGAGUACUAUGAGCACCCAUUGUUCAGCCCAGAGUGGACGCACUCGGGCUCUCGCCCCACAGGGCAGGCCGUGGCCUUUAGACAGAUUGAAGAAGAGACCGUGGAGGCUCUUACAGCUGAAUACGAGGAGGAGGUGGAAGAGGAGGAGGAGGAGGAGGAGGAGGAGAGUACAGAGGCAGCAGAGUCCGAAGCAGCUCUUGAUGAGCAGCAGUGGAGCGGGGAAGAGCCCGAGCUGGACAGCCCCCAAGCUGAGUCCUUAGAGCAGGCAGAGGUUUCCAUAGACGUGGCCCAGGAUCUAGACCUAGAGCCAACCGAAGCAGCUAGUGCUGCUGCAGAAAGCUCUAUGGACAGAGAGGAGGAGGAUUCAGAGGGUGGGGAGAGCCCUGAGACAGCUUUGAAGAUGGACUCAGACAAGCAGGCAAGUGAGAAAAGUGGUUCCAUGAGCCCCGACAGCAUUGGAUUAGAGAAACGUCCGGAGGAGUUUUUUGAGCCCCAGAUGCAAGGGUUCUUUGCUGGUGAACGAGUUGUACCAGAGAGCCCUACCAUGGAUGUACCAGAGAGCCCUACCAUGGAUAUGCCAUCCUUUGUACUUCCAAAUGUUCAAAACCAAGCCAAAGAAUCAGCGAGAUCCCUCACACUUCAGCCUGCAUUUGGCGAGCCAAUCACAGUGUCAGAGAAACAGCCAUCAGUGGAAGUGGUGGACAUCAGCAGCAUCGGUGCUCCCUCUCUUCCCUCGCCACUGGGAAACAAAGUUCAAGGAGAAGACUUAACAAGGGCUGCUCCAGACAGAUCUGGCAUGUCAGCAUAUUUUGAAACCUCAGCCAUUGAGGUUGAUGAAGCUCCCCAAUGUAAGGGUGAGGGUUAUUAUGAACUGAGCAGAUCUGGUGAAGAGAAGAGUCAAGUUGAUGCCAAGUCUCAGGAGAUCAGCUACAGCACCCUUGCUGAAGCUCAGGAUAAAACAGAAACAAAAGAAAGUGAAGCAGCAGACACUAAACUGUUCACAGUUCCUGACAGGAGUAAUGAAUGCAGGCUUUCCCCAGGUAAAUUGGCUUUAGAGCAGAGGAGCUACUCACUUAACAUCACCAUUGGAGCAAUGGAUCAGAGUGGCCAAGGCAGACCUAGAAACUUCUCUCCACUGGCCACAGAUAUCAUGUCAUACACUAGUGGAAGUCUAGACGAGUUAGCAGACUACCUCCCAGUCACUACACCCUCCAUGGAUAAGCCUCCAUCCUUGCCCCCCCUGAUCCUGGAGACUGCGGCUUCCAUCACUUCAGAUUCCUCAUCUCCCCCACGGACCACUGAGCCACUUUCAAAGCCCAGUCCUGAACUAGAGUCGCUAGAAUCACCAGAGCACCUUAAGAACACCUAUAAAAAUGGCACAGUAAUGGCGCAAGACUUGCCUGAGAUGCUGGACCUUGCUGGUACCCGUUCCAGGCUGGAGUCAGAAAACACUGACCCAGAAAUAAGCCGGAGAAAAUCAAUUCAAGCUGAUUUCCCAGCAUUUGCCGAUGACCCACUGGCUAGCCUAGUUUCAGGGGAACUAAGUCCUGGGGCCAGAAAGAGUGACAGCCAGCUGGAAGAGAUGGGUUAUUGUGUGUUCAGUGAAUAUUCAGGACCCAUGCCAUCACCUGCAGAUGUAUUCAGCCCUACAAACGUUUCUGCACAGGUCUUUACCCACUCUGUCUUGCAGGAGAAAGUGGCUGAACAAGCUAGAAAGUUAGCAGUCAGGGACACAUCUUUGGAGGACAAGAGCCAGCUAUCAGGAGUUGCUGAUGUCACUGAAGAGAAAGACCAGAAGCAAGGAGAAAGAAAAGAUUCUGGUGAAGAAAAGGGCAAGGAGGUUGUAGAUGAACAGUCGAAAAUAUCUUCAAGUGAGUUGCCACCUGCUCAGCCAAGUGAGUUCUUUGUGACACCAACGGUCACUGUGACUCUAGAAGAAGGCGGGAGGUCGGUGAGUGAGACUGAACGACAAGCCAGUGGCGAGGGUUCAGUGUCAGAAACCGAGAUUGCCGACUAUGAGCGGCAGAUCCGCAAAUUGGAGAUGGAGGACAGGCCUCUCAGUAUGGAGGAGGAAAGAGAACUGCAGGAGCUUAGGGAGAAAGUGAAGCUGGUGCACCAGGAGGCCUAUGAGGAAGUUGAUGCCGAAGAUGUGUACCAGCUGACCGGCAUGGCCAAGGACCGAAUUGCCAGGCCUGUCAAAACUUCACCUACUUCGUCUGUAGAGAGCAACAUUGAUGAUGACAAGCUGCUGUCUCCUGUGCUCUCACCUUCAAAGCUUAAAGAAAGAGAAGUGUAUGGUUCCCCCAAAAGAACGGUUUCACCUGUGGCAGGAAUAAACAAAGAGAAAGAGGAAUUAGAAAGAAAGAUGAGGGAAGAGCAAGAGAAGGAAGCAGCUGAGAAGAAACUGAAACAAGAGAAAGAAGAGGCAGAGAGGAAAAUCAGGGAAGAGGCAGAAAAGAAAGAAAAGGAAAUGAAAGAGAAGGAAGAGAAAGAGAAGAUAGAAAAGAAAUUGAAAGAGGAGAAAGAGAAAGUAGCUGAGAUGGACAAAAAAGUUGUAGACAAACCUAAGGAAAAAACAACCACAAAGCCUGGGGAGAAAGAAGCUGAAAACCCUGUGGAGGCUAAAACGGGGCAAGAGGAAGGUGAGGAAGAUGUGUUAGAGAAAGCAGGGGCAGAAGCAGCAGUGGUAAAGGAGAUCCCAGAGACUCGUGCUGCCAUCGAAUCAGUGGUGACAGUUGAAGACGAUUUUAUCACUGUGGUCCAGACCAUUGAUGAAGCAGAGGAGCCGGGACACAGCGUUCGUUUCUCUGGUCCACCUGAAGCUGAAGCCCUUGGUGUCGCUGCACAGAAAGAGGAAGAGGAGGAAGAGGAGGAGUCUGUGGAGUUGGCCCAAGAAGCAGACAUGGAGGCUGCAAGUCUAGAGGAGGUUGUAGAUGUUCCUGAGACUCCUGCCUCGCCUGAGAAGGAGGCGCAAAAUGUAGAAACUGAAGGACCAACAGAGAGCUACGAUAGAGAUGAAACCACAAUGGACGACUCCAUCUUGGACAGCUCCUGGAUUGACACACAAGAUGAUGAUAAGAGUAUGGCGACUGAACAGAUUGAGCCUUUGCCCAAAAUGUCCAGCCCGGUCAAAAAGCCUGCUGUGGUCCAGACCAAGCAAACACAAAAGAAGAAGAAGAUGGAGAACCAGGAAAAGCCAGUCAAACCACAGGCCAAGGGAGGGCGGGCUAAAGGCCGAAUCUCCACACCAGAACGCAAACCUUUCCGCAAAGAACCUGUCUACAUCCCCAGAGAGGAAACCAAGAAGAAAAAAGCUGUCAUAAGGAAGGCCGAGCUUACCAAAAAAAUGGAGAUUCAGAGUCAAUCCCCAUCCAAGAGGAGUUUGAUGAAAACAGCCGUCCGCCACACCCGCCCCACCCAGCACCAUUCCUGUCCUAGAAGGAGACCCACAGAGGCGCUACCAGACAGUCGUCAGCCUCUCAGUGUUGCCAAACAGUCUCGCGACAGAGCAUCGUGCCAUGCCCAUCGUUUGCCACUAACAAAGAUCCCCACCUCCAUAUCCAGAGUGGCUGCCUCAUUAGAUAGACCUCGCCCAUCCUCAGCAGAGCCUCAAGGCUUCCCAGUAUUACAGAGACUCAAAUCCAAGGACGGUCGGUCAUGGAGCCCAGAAAAGGGGUCCUCUGUGCCACGGCAUGCCUCCAUUCUGAGUCGCCGUGUAUACCAUGACCAUGAGGAGAGCUCCACCUCCAUCACCAGCUCCGGCUCCACGGCUCCUCGCAGACCCACGUCAUUUCGCACAGAGAUGAGGGCAGAGCAUAGGACAGGACGAGCCCCCAGCAUGACAGAAUCAGUGCGCUCCCGUUCGGCUCGCAGUGGCCACUCCACCCCCCGCACAUCUGGCUCCACAGCAAUCACCCCAGGAACCCCUCCCAGCUACUCGGCGUCCUCAAGGACCCCUGGAACCCCACGCUCCCUCAGCUUGAUUUCCCAGGAAAGGAAGGUGGCAGUGGUCCGCACCCCACCCAAGUCACCUGCAACCACGCCCAAGCAGCUCCGCAUCAUCAACCAGCCCCUGCCUGACUUCAAGAACGUCAGGUCCAAGAUUGGCUCCACAGAGAAUAUCAAGUACCAGCCCAAAGGAGGACAGAAGCACAAGGACCAAAAUAUGCCAUCAGAGGCCAAACACAGGGCCUCUUGGAUCUGGAAGUCAGUGCUGCGCCUCAUCUCCGUUACUCUGUGCCUGUCAGCGGCACACAGUGUGACCUGGACCCAAGACCUGCUGAUUCAUAUUUUAAACAAGAAGCUGGACUUGCAGAGUGCAAAAUGCAGCACCAAGGAUAAUCUGAAGCACUCUCCCCGUGGAGGCAAUGUUCUCAUCCCCAAUGUUAAGCUGGACUAUAGCCAUGUUCAGUCUAGGUGUGGGUCCUUGGACAGGUGGGGCUACUCGGCAAGAGGUGGAAACGUAAUGAUACAGAACAAGAAGAUUGACCUGAGCCACGUGACCUCCAAGUGUGGCUCUCUAGAUAACAUCCAUCAUCGGCCAGGGGGCGGUAACGUGCGCAUAGAGACUGUGAAGUUGGACUUCAAAGACAAAGCCCAAGCCAAGGUUCGUUCCCUGGAAAAUGCUCAGCACACUCCUGGUGGAAGCUGUGUCACGAUUGAGACCCACAGGCUGAUGUUUCGCGACCAAGCCAAGGCACGAGUGGACCACGGGGCUGAGAUUGUCGUCCAGUCGCCGGGCCUGUCCAGCUCCGUGUCCCCCCAGCGCCACCGGGGCAGCCACCUAUCAUCCUCCGGUAGUCUCAACGUACUGGAGUCGCCGCAGUUAGCAACCCUGGCUGAGGAUGUGACUGCAGCUCUGGCCAAGCAGGGUUUGUGAACACUGGAUCUCUAGAUUCCUGCUUUGCGCCCCGGACAUCCUCACCCCGAUCCCCUCAAACUUUUCUGCCCACACCUGCCACGCCGAGGCCACCGUCAGCUAAACCACAGCCUCUAAACAUCUCCACUUCGAUAUCCAUCACUCAACUCUAAGUAGAGACUCAAAUUAGGAGCUACUGUACUUUGAUCUUCUUUAUUUUCCAAAUAUGUGCUAUUUCUGACUCAUUUUCUUUUUGGCCUCUCUCUUUUUGAAUGAUGUUACAUAGAAUAGUUCAGUCUGAGUACUGGUCCUAAAUGAAGUGGUACAUACAAAGUGGGGGACCAGGUGUGGGCUUAACUGGUCCUAGAUCAGUGUUUUGAAGAAGCUGCAACAUUUUUUCUACAUUAAAUAAGAAAUAAUGUGGCUAGCACACCAUGCAGCACGUGUUAUUUCACUCAGUAAACAUGCGUGCAUGGAUGCCAAACCCCCUAACAAACCAAGUAUCCUUAUUGCAAGUCAUUCUUGUCAUCCGAUAUAUAAUAUAUUUAACAAAUAUAUAUAGAAACAUGUAUAAAAAGUUCUUUGCCAUCUACAUGUCCUAAAAAACAUUUUAAAAGGAAGUGACAAUAUGGCUAUAAAAUAUACCUGUAAAAUUGCAUUACUGCAAAAACUAGGUCAUGUUAUGACAAGCAUGUAUUGAUUCUAAUAUUAAAAGAGGCUAUUUUGUAAUCUUAAAAAACAACGAUUUUAGUAAGUUAUUUCCUCAAUUAUUGGAUAAAGAUUAAACAAGUUCAUGUUUUGUAGUUAUUAGUUGUUUACAGUGUAAUGCUUGGUGACAAUGUCGGACAGCUGAUUUGGUGUUGCUAAGGAAGGCAUCUCAGUCCUGUUGAACAGCAUCAUACACGUUGUACCUGCUCAGUAGUUCAAUAUAGAUGCCUGUUUGUACAUCAGAACACUAAUCAACACGGAGCUCAUUCCACAAACCUACAGCUAAAAGGCAGAUACUGAGCUCACAGACGUUCCUACGCUAGCACAGGCUGAUGUUGGACUCAUCAGGACAGUCUGUUGACGCUACGAAUGCGACCUGAGAUUUAGCAGAAGAUGCAGCUACUCUUAAAAUCUGUCUGUGUGUGUGCGCGUUUGGUGCAGAUCUCAUGCCGUUUUACGACGUAUGCUAACGUAUCUGGAUGUUUUGUUGCAAUACGUGGGAGGAAAGUGGGUGGGGGGAAUAUUUUGAGAAAAUUCAUUAAAAAGACAAAUCAUGAAGAAAAAUAAAAAGGCUGAGGGAACUCUGAACCUGUUAAAUCUGUUAGAAAAAAAGUGUUUGGGUGGUCUAGUUUCUUUUACAGCCACCAUUUGUGGUAUAGCCUGCCUCCUGCCUAAUUACUGCCCUCACCUGCAAUUGUUUGUUGCUUCUGUGUUUUUUUCUGCAUACCCCAUCUGUGUGUGCCCCCUUCCCACCUCCUGCUCCACCCUACAGCAACUGUAAAUGUACUUAAAAAGUCAAGUAGAUGUACGCAGUUUUUCUCUUGUGGAUAUGACACCAAUUACAAUAAUUAAUGCGAAUAAAAAAAGACAAAAAG